UUUGCGGGGUAUGAUCCUAUGCAAGCAGGUAACGUUGUUCAACUUGUUCUGGUUUUGGGUUUAACGCUUGGAUGGAUUUCCACGUACAUGUUCAGAGUUUCAAGCAAGGAUAUGACAUAUGCUCAACAACUACGUGAACGAAGACAAAGUUAUGCAGAAACGCCUUGAGAGCCUUACCGAAGCAGAGCUAAUGACAUUGCUUGAACAAGUCGACGAAGAAAAGAGCCAAUCAACUAGCGGCAAAUAGGUUAAACGAAAUUUGGGGCCUUCGAGGAGGGUUGACUCCUUUUCUUUUGGAGUCCUUUGUUCGACAUUUCAAGGAUUUACCGAUCUAUUGGCACGACUAAAUUUAGGACGUAGCUCUGAUAUCAUGUUAAACAAACACGACUCUCCACAAUGGUAUGAUAUUGUCCACUUUGAGCAUAAGCUCACGUGACUUUGAUUUGGGCUUCCCCAAAGACCUCACACCAAUGGACAGAGGAUUCUUUGAUUUUACCCAUAAACAUUCCUAGUCGACGUCGGACUUUCAUUAUCCAACAGUUCUAAGACACGACAAGAAGCUUACUAAUAAUUGAUAAGAAGCAUUAUUUAUUCUGAAAAAUAACGGUUAAUUUCAAACUACAUUUUUUUGAAUUAUUACGUCAUAACUGGGGGCGAGAAAUGUGGAUACGCGGGAUAUACCGACAAAACCGAAUUCCGAUCCGACAAAGGAUUGGAUACGGCUUCUUAGCUUUACAGAACGACAUGUCGUCGGAAAAUACUAAAUAAUCGUAAUAAACAAAAUUUGGGGGAAUCCCCGACUACCCCCAAGGCUGAAAACCGCCAACUUCGCGCAGAUUCUUCUCUGCACCGUUAAAUUAGGGCUGGCGGGAUUGCAGUUUGAUUCAGUUUCGUAUUUGGAAAAUGGGGAGGAGAGGCAAGCAGAGGAAGUUCGAAUUCGAGGACGACGAAGACGAACUUCAGGGUGUGAAACCCGGGGAUUCGAAUUCUGCCAACUCGGUGAGCAGUGAUGAUGAGGCCAAUGAAGAUCUUAGCCUCAAUGUUGUCGAGAAGGCCUUGCGAUUGCGCGCUGGAAUGUUGGUUAUCGAUGCAGGCAAUAACAAGGAUGGUAACUGUGAACAAGAUGGUAAUGGCGAUAUUGUUGCCAUUGGAGCUAUUGAAUUGUUUUCAUCGUCGUUGGAGGAUGCUGAUGCCGAAGCCGGAACUAGCGGAGCCAGCGGUGAUGGCAUCACCGCUGCUUCUGAGGGGCGCGAACUGGAGAGUGAGAAGACAGUGAAACAGAGGAAGACGAAUGCUAAGAAUCUGGGAACUGAAGAGAGCAAUAUGGUUAUCACAAAAGGAGAGAAGUUCAAAACGACUGGAAUGAUAGAUCAAGGGGUUUCGGUGGAAUCAAACUCUACUGAGACAACUGAUAAUAACGUGUUCAGGAAGCUUCUCCGUGGACCAAGAUAUUUUGAUCCUCCAGACAGUUGGGGAACAUGCUAUACUUGUGGCGAGGAAGGUCAUAAUGCAGUGAAUUGCUCAUCAGCUAAACGAAAGAGAUCGUGUUUUGUCUGUGGAAGUGUGGAGCACAAUGCAAGGAGUUGCUCGAAGGCACGGGACUGCUAUAUUUGCAAGAAAGGUGGGCAUCAUGCAAAAGACUGUCCAGAGAAGCACAUGGAUGUUUCUUCAAGCUUAAAAUUAUGUUUAAAAUGUAGAGAUUCUGGUCAUGAUAUGUUUUCUUGUCAGAAUCUUUAUCCAGAUGACGAUCUUAAGAAUAUACAAUGCUACGUUUGCAAGGAAUUUGGUCAUUUAUGUUGCGUGGAUUCCACCAGCGACACUACGAUAGUUUCCUGCUAUAAAUGUGGGCAGACUGGACAUACUGGUCUGUCAUGCUCAAGAUUAUGUGGUGCUGUAUCGCCCAGCACAUGCUAUAGAUGUCGUGAAGAAGGGCAUUUUGCCCGUGAGUGCACGAGUGCUACCAAGGUCGGCAAGAGGAGUCGUCGGUUAUCAAAUCCAAAAUCAAUGUCACAAAUAGAAGAAACUAACCAUAUGGGGUCAAGAUCUGCACCUCAUGAUCUUGCAAAGGCUCAUAAUAAUGAGAAAAAGAUAAACCAUGAAGAUAAAACACUGACUAGCCUAGAAAGUCAGGACAAAGGGUCGCUGGGUAUCAAAUGAUCCAGGUCCUGGUACCUUCUUCAAUGGCACGUUCAUGAGAAAUGACUGGAAUUCUCCUGUUACACCAUCUCGGUGGAGUCACUAUGCAAGCCUUCAGUCAUUCACAGAGAGGCAUGCAUUACAUCCCGGGACUUCAAUGUCGUUAUGACCUGUAUGGCUCCUCGGAACGGAUACUCGGCGUCGAGAUUUGGUGGCUUUAGCAAUGAAGGAAGGAGGAAAAACUACAGCUGGUGGUGGUAGAAAGUGUUACUUGAUUUGAAUGAUUGGUAGCUGUUGGAAAACAGUACUGCUCAAAGAUUUGUUCUUUUGGUUUGUGGUUCCAAAGCAGAGUCUGAGGUCAUUGUAAGUUAACUGCUUCAUUUGUGAUCGUACCAAAUUUAACUUUUCGUUUAGUUUACAUGAUUCCCUGUACCAGGUUUCUUCAUUUGCAGAUUGUAGCAUGCAAUUUGAAUGUCAAGAAGCUCAUACAUUCUUCUCAAUUUGAGCGUAUUAUCUCGUUCGAGAGAUCAGAGAUUUGCUUACUCCAA